CCAACUCUCAUUCCUCGCAUUCCUCACUUCCUCCUUUCAAACUCCAGGGGAAAUAAAAACCCUCCCUUUUCCUCCCAAACUCCUGCCCGGCCGCCCCCCCGCCCCGCCGCCGCCCGGGCUCGCCGUCCCGCCGGCCGCGCCGCGCUCCUCAGAAAGUCCUGGAGCUGAAGGAGGAUUUGAAGCCGGUCCCCGCUGCCCCUGCGGAACAGCAGCCGCUCUUGCCUCGCUCAGAGGAACUAAGCUAUUCUUGUAGUGUCCCAUAGAAUUUCCCAGUCUUCUUCCUCUGGUUCUGAGUCUGCUCCUCCGCGUGGCACCUUGGAGUUUCUAGCUGGCACCAUUACCUCCAACGAGUGGAGUUCUCCCACCUCCCCUGAGGGGAGCAACGACUCGGGGGGCAGCGAGGCCUUGGACAAACCCAUCGACAAUGACGCCGAGGGCGUGUGGAGCCCGGACAUCGAGCAGAGCUUCCAGGAAGCGCUAGCCAUCUACCCGCCAUGCGGCCGCCGCAAGAUUAUCUUGUCCGACGAAGGCAAGAUGUAUGGCCGAAAUGAGUUGAUUGCCCGCUAUAUUAAGCUGAGAACAGGGAAAACACGCACAAGGAAACAGGUAUCUAGUCACAUCCAGGUCCUGGCAAGGCGGAAAGCUAGAGAGAUCCAAGCCAAGCUCAAGGAUCAGGCAGCUAAAGAUAAAGCCAUGCAGAGUAUGGCUACAAUGUCAUCUGCCCAGAUUAUCUCUGCAACUGCCUUCCAUAGUAAAAUGGCCUUGCCUGGUCUCCCACGACCAGCCUACCCUGCUGUUUCUGGGUUUUGGCAAGGACCAUUGCCAGGCCAAGCUGGAUCUUCCCAGGACGUGAAACCUUUUUCUCAACAACCUUAUGCUGUACAGCCUCCGCUUCCAAUACCAGGGUUUGAAUCUCCUACUGGCCUCUCACCUUCCCCAUCAGCACCAGCUUGGCAAGGACGAAGGGUUGCUAGCUCCAAACUUUGGAUGUUAGAGUUCUCUGCAUUCUUGGAACAACAACAAGACCAAGACACAUAUAACAAACACCUGUUUGUGCACAUUGGGCAGUCAAGCCCCAGCUACAAUGACCCCUACCUCGAGGCAGUGGAUAUCCGGCAGAUCUAUGACAAGUUCCCUGAGAAGAAAGGGGGCCUGAAGGAGCUCUUUGAAAGGGGGCCAGCUAAUGCCUUCUUCCUUGUCAAAUUCUGGGCUGAUUUGAAUACCAAUAUUGAAGAUGAAUCCAGAUCUUUCUAUGGUGUUUCCAGCCAGUAUGAGAGCCCAGAAAACAUGGUCAUUACCUGUUCCACCAAAGUGUGUUCCUUUGGAAAGCAGGUGGUAGAGAAAGUAGAGACAGAGUAUGCACGCUAUGAGAACGGACACUAUUCCUACCGUAUCCACCGCUCCCCUCUCUGCGAAUACAUGAUCAACUUCAUCCAUAAACUCAAACACCUUCCUGAGAAGUACAUGAUGAACAGUGUGCUGGAGAACUUCACUAUCUUACAGGUUGUGACAAACAGGGACACACAGGAGACCUUGCUGUGCAUAGCAUAUGUUUUUGAAGUAUCAACUAGUGACCACGGUGCCCAACAUCACAUCUACCGGCUGGUGAAGGACUAGAGACUCUCUGCCCUGAGUUGUCCAUGGAAUGCAUGUCUAAGAAAAAAGUCUGUGCUUGAACAACCCCUGCCCUCCCCCAAACCAAACUGAAAAAUAAACUGCAGAUAUUGUGUAUUUUCAGAAAAGUA